UCGUGUCAUUUGUACACGUAUUACAAGGAGGAAGUCAAGGUUGGAUCUCAGUAGCUAUGAUUCUUCAAGAUGUUCUAGAAAAACUGAAAUGCCUUAAUCAGCAUCUUUCCGAAGUUUAUUUAAAAUCCGACAAUGCAGGAUGCUAUCACAGCAUGCCACUUAUGUCCUACAUUUGGAAGAAUUAUGACUUGCUACAGCUCAAAGUAAAAGAGUAUAAUUUCAGUGAAGUUCAGAGUGGCAAAGAUCUGUGUGAUUCAAGAACUGGUACAUGUCGCAUGCAUAUUUUAAAGUAUGCAAAUGAAGGUAACAAUGUGGAAAAUGCACAUCAACUGAAAAAAGCCUUGGAGAGUUAUGGGGGAGUUAAGAACACAUUCAUUUCACUGGUUGAUAUCAAUACAGAAAAUCCUCCUGUAUUGUCAGGAAACAUUAAAAACUUCAAGAUUAGUCAGAUGAACAAUUUUGUGUUUGAAGAAGAAGGCAUCAGAGUGUUUAAAGCUUAUGGUGUUGGUCAUGGACACUUGAUCCCCAAGAGCACUCUUGAAAAGAUAUCAAGUAACUUUGCCUUUGAUGAGACCAGAAUUGAGGUCAUAGAAGAUUCUACAACCAUGCCAGCGACACAUUUACAAGCAGCACAGUUGAGGCUACCGUUUGGAUCUUCAGAUGCUGAAGACAGUGGAGACCUGAGCUGCACUGAACCAGGCUGUAUUCAAACCUUCAGGAAACCAUCUACUUUAGAAAAGCACCUUGCUGUUGGAAAUCAUUUAUACCACAGUUUAAAUGGAAGUGCCGAUGUUGCCAUGGAGUUGUGGGCAGAAAAGUGUUCGGAUUCUGUGUUUUAUAACCAGUCUCACCUCAUCCAAUCUUCAUUGAUUUCAAGUAAAGACAAUCAGGUACAUACCUGUGUAUCAAAUUUGAAAACAGGAUGGGCUCUGAAGUUGGACAGAAAAUUUGUUAGAUUUUCAUUGGGUGUAAAAAAGUUCGUGAAAGACAUUUUUGAUGAUGGUGAAAAAACUGGAAAAAAGGCAAACCCUGUGUCUGUUUCAUUACAAAUUCGUAAUGAACGGGAUGAAUAUGGCAACCACAUAUUCAGUCCAAAUGACUGGAUUUCCUCUCAGCAAGUUCGCAGUCUCUUUGCCCAGUUUCAGAUAAAACUGACUAAAGAGAGCACAGACAGAGAGAAGAGACCAAAGUUAGAACUCACUCUUAAAUCUGAGGAGGAUGAAGAUUUAAAUGAGGUUAUUAGUGAUCUGAAUGCCAUGGAGGCAUUCAACACAGUUAAUUCUGUUACUGAUAUAUGUCAGCUAUGAUUUCUAUGUGAGCAUAAUUUACUUGGUAGGCAUUUCAUCUUGAUUUUCACAUACCGAGUAUGCUAGAAAAAAUGCAUUUAAUCGAUGUGUAGGUGCAUCAAGAUUGUCAAAAGUAAACUUUCAAGUAGAAUAUAGUAACUACUGUAUGAAAUAUUUUUUUUCAUGUAAAAAAAACCAUGAAUAGAAAUUUAUGUAAAUUUAUGCAGUUUUUGAUGUUUGAGAAUCAUAUGUAUGACUUGGAAUUCUAAGUUAAACACUGUCCUAGUACACAGAAUGGAUUUUAUAUUUAAAAUGCAAAUCAGCUGGUAACAUUACAUGUACAUGCACUAUAUAUAUUUGACCAUUCAUUGUAAUGUAAUGAAACUGUUUACAUUUUAGGAAAUGCUAAGUUUCAUGUAUUUAAAAAAAUUGAUGAAAAUCAUUAGUUAUAGGUGAUUGCAUUAAAAUUGUUUAGAAAAACAUGUUACUAAGGGAGAUAACUCACUUUUAAAAGUUGCAAAAAAUGCAAGUUAUAGAAAUUCACGCAGUGUGAGAAAUAUUCAGAACCCGAUUAUUACCUUAUGUGAAAAGAUUAAGAAGUUACUUGUUUUUAUUUUGACCCAUAACAUUUUAGUUUUAAAGCGUCCAAACCCAAUUUUAAAUUUACUUAAAUUUUAGCAAUUUUUCAAUAAUUUUGGUUUUUUAUACACAAGAGUUAUUUCCCUUGAUCAAAAAAUUAUGUGGGGUUAUUUUUGAAAAAAAUUUAAUGUGUCAAAAUGAAAUUAAAUAUUUAUAUUUUCAAUUAU